CUGAGGGCUGCAAAGAACAUCACCAAGAGAGGCCAAACUGGAGUUCAUCACUUCACAGCUCCUACUUCCCUCAGCUAUCAGGUAAGGCACCUUCAGCAAAGAGCAGCUGCAGCAAUCCUCCAUCCCAGCCAGCACCCACACAAUGCGGGCACUCCGAGUCAGCAGCCCUGCACAGAUCACUGCUGUGAGCAACACUGACAGCAGUUUUGCUGAUUUUGUAGAAUUUGGGAAACUCUAAAAAAGAGAUGGGGUUUGUCCUGCUUUCACUGAGACUGAGAUCAGUGUCUGGAAGGAAAGGAAAUCUUCACAAGUGUGGUACUGUGCUUUAUGGCAUUAUUUUAUUGUACUACUGUUUGAACACGCUGUGAGCUGGAAUUUAUUCCACGUUAGUAUUAAACACAUACAGAGGUGCUCAUUCAGUAUCAAAGAAGUGACUGACCCAGGCCCAAGGGAAUCUGCAAUUUUUCUGAUUUGAAAGAUCAUAAAGAAGAACAGGCUCAAAAUGAAGACAUUCGAUUUCCCACAGAUGGAAUUGAAUGGCAGAAAAACCCCAGCAGGACAUAAUGUCAUUUCUAAGGCUGACUGAGUGAUGUAACACUACAGCAAACUGACAAGACUGAGGAACUUUCAGGCUAUAAAAGGAGGCUGAAACCACCAGCAUUCUCAAAUCCCCGCUCGUAGUUUCACCUGCCAUUUAAGGAAGUCCUGCACUAAAUAAUCCUCCAACGUAUUUAUAACAGACUUGAAUGCACUCCAGAAUGCAUAUGAGUCACAGCUCAUUUCACUUGUAGAAAUGUUAGAACUUAUUAAGGUGCAUUACAAUACACAGCUUUGGUAAGUGAAUUGUUGAUCCUCUGGAAGAGGUCUGCGAUGAGGUAAUGCAGUCAUGGUUGGUGCCAUUAAUCACACAUUCUUUCUGGUGAUGUGGCCACACAUUGGCAGCUCUCUUUCUUAUUUACAAGCAAGAUACUUCUCUUGAAUGCAAAAUUUUUGCUUUGUACCUGCCUUGUUAAAACAGCUGCAAAAUUAAGCUAGUAAUUUCAGCAAGAGCAGAAAACAAAAUCUAGCAUUUACAUCACUGCUAAAAACACUGUUUGCAUGCUAUUACUGAAGCACAGAGAAUAGGUGGAAGAGCCAGUAAAACAUUUCACAAUGUCCACACCCUGACCUAUAAAGGUUUCUGCAGUUCUGCUGGGAGAUGCCUGCUCCUGCGUAUGAAUCAUGCAGAAGAGGGAAGAAUCUAUAAAUGGGAAAGCAAAUGAAGAAUGAUGCUUGAGAGGUCUGCACCCCCUGCCCCCCACUGCCCAAGCUAUUCUGCAAUGCAUCUUAAUUGCUGGCCCCGCAUGGGUGUUUGGCUUUGAGAAAGCAGGAAGCAUCUGGGCCUGUUUUACUGCACACUGCAUCCUCAGAACUCCUGCCUCACUAUAAUUCUGUUUCUUAUCAAGCCGUGUUUUGAAGGUAUUUUUAUUUGUAGAGCUAUACUGAAAUGACCUUUUUGAGCCGUACACCUAAGGGUUGGCAUAAAGGAGCUGCUCCCAGGAUCACACUGAACACAAUUCCUCACGUUUGAGUUCUGGACUGUCCUUACGAUAGAAGCGUACAGCUGACGAAGGACCAGACGUGACCUGAUGGCAGGACAGGAGCACUGCUGCUGCUUCCAGACACGUUAAACUGCCUUUUGAAUGUCUGAAUAUACAUCAGAAGCUUAAAGGCAUAAAAUCACAACAUCAGCUGUGGCAAAGGCACUUUCAAUAACUAUCUAGACUUCAGGGGUAAACCUUCUUUGCUUUGCAACAUCCUGAGGACAAGCCAAAGGGAUUUAAUUUGAUAGGCUGUUAUUAAGCUCUAAUGAAAGCAGUGAAAAUGAGGAAUACAAUUUAAUUAGAGAAAACAUAAUUAAUUUAGAGGAAUAAUUAUUUGAAGCAGACAGGGAAAAGAAGAGGAAAGAAACAAGCUGACAAGCGGCUGACAAACCAUGCAGGACCUCUGUGGAACAAAGUGUGAAACCUUCAGAGGAAAGUCCGAGCUCCAGCUGAGACCUCCAAUGCCUGGAUCACACAAACAAGAAACUGCAGCAUAAAGGGCUUAAAACAAAUAAACAGGAAGGAACUCUUAGCAGUGCAACCACAAAGCAGGGAGCAUGCAGUGUUGUUAGAACCAGGCCAAAAACUGGAAUGUUAAAGUUAUCAGUGCUAGAAAAUCACCACCACCACUUCUGUCCUUCCUUCCUACUGAGGCACACUUUCUGACCAAUAUGUUCCACUGGAAAUUACAUAGCUACUAUGUAAAAACACAACAAAAUCAAACAAAGCACACAAAUAAUAAAAAAAUAUGUAUAUUUAAUGUCUAUAUAUGUAUAUUUAAUGUCUAAAGUUUAAUUCUCUCUAAAGAUUAAGGUAUUUGAGCUCCAGCAAUGAAGACAGGGGCAUCAGCUGAAUGGAUAAUGAACGUGUCCGUCAUUACAGGAGGUUCAGACACAGAAAAUACUCAGAGCUGUUGCUUAACAAGCUCACUGCCACAAACACCACUGAACUCUUUGUAACUACAGCUUGUGGCUGUGAAGAUAAAUACUGCCUUACACAUCUGGCCACAAGAAUUAUGCAAAAAAUUUUUCUUCUGGAUAUGGGAACAGAAAAGUGGGCAAUACGUGAAAUUUUGUUAUGUAAUUGUCACGAAGCACGUUCAGGUUCCAGCACCGACUUGCUAGCUGCAGCAAGCAAUACAGACUCGCACAGGCAGCUCCUCUCAGAAGGCCUAUGGUGGCCCCUAGUGACACACAGCUCCAUCUGCACGACAUUUCUGCAUGAAGGUGAGACUGAGACUCAGCACAGCAGCCUGCCCUGUGCCCUGGUAGCUGUGCCUCCCCUGAGGCUCAGAGAGCCAGCUGGAGCUGGGACUGUGUGAGGGAUUGUGUGCUGGGCACUGCCAGGACCCCAAGGCCUGCUGUUUUGUAAGAGCUAGGGGAAAAUUCUACAUAAAUGUCAUUGCGUGCAGUGCAGUGUUUGUACCUAUCUGUUACAGCGUGCUAUCAGUGUGCAUAUAUUUGCACAGGGUCAUGGAAAUUGUGUUUGCUUCCUGAACAAUACACACGUUGGCAGGAGGUCCUGCACAGUCCAAGAUCCUAUGGGCCCUUCCAGCUCAGGGUAUUCUGGGAUGCCACUGUUCCGUAUCACAUCUUCCUGUGAGUAUUGAGAUGUCCCAGCUUUGUGCUAGCUUUAAGCUGCUUCAUGUGACUGCUUACAAACCUCAUUUCCACACGCAGAGAUGUUCAGCAAACACUGCUAUUGGUUGCUCUCGCAUCAAGGAGAAUAUUCUGCAGCUUGCUGAUUUCCUCAUCCGCUGCCCCUCAGCUGCUCAUGGUUCCCACAAGGGAAAAAUUCCUGCUAGCAGUUUCUUACAUUACGUUAAAGCUGACACUUGCAAUACUUUCAAGGGGAAAAAAAAAAAAAAAAGAGUGCUCAUUUGUGUGGCCUGGGGCUGUGUUUUCCUUGGCACUGACUUUGGAUCUACUUGAGGACAGUGGCCUAGACAGGACAGGCAGCUCCCAGCUCCCAUCUGCAGUCAGUGGCUGGGGAAGGAUGCAUCCAACACGCUGUCCUACUCACCACUGCAAAUCUGCAGCACUUCCUCAAGUACUGUACAAUUUAACAUCAUGUUUAAAUCUGCCUCUGAUCAAAAACUCACUGCAGAAAACAAUAAGGUGGAGUGCUUCGACUAGUAGAACAUUUUCACUGGACAAAAGGUAAAAAGGAGAGGGAAAUGAGGAAAAAAAUGCAUAUGUGAGGCAGCCACUGUAAGAUCUUGCGCUGCAGAUGUUCAGGGAUUAAGGAAGGCAGUUAAUUAGCGACCUCAUCUGUCUCUCUUCUUCUCUGAUUUGGUUGCAGUGUUUUUGUAGCCCAGACAAGCACUUCUCACUUGUUCUGAGAAAAACCCUCUGUUCUCAGAGAAGUCAGCAGGGACAAGAGCUAGAAAGCUCCAUCCUUUCUGCCUUCCCGUGAACCCAGCCGGGCUGCUCCCACUUAGUGGCUCUCAGAUAAAAGAGACCAACACGGAACAGGUCCCAGUGCCAGGUGCAAAGGAGGAGCUUUUCUUGCAGACUGCAGGGUUGUUGUGUCCUGGGAAAUCCUGCUUCCCAGAUGGAACCAAUGAGCCUGGAUCACAGUUUGCAAAAUACAAAAUAUCUCUGUUUACUGUUUGCAUUCAAACAGGGUGCAGCAUUAACAAAUGGUGCAAACACUGUUUGCUUUCAGGGUGGAGAACUGUCCUAAGUAUCCUUUUUCACUCUUCCAGAAAAAUCUGCUUUCAGAAGCUGCCAUUGGCUCGUACCCACACAGCAGCACAGUGCCCUGACGCUCACCCUGCUGCUCUCUUGGUUCUAAACCAGACGUGUGGCACAAACGAGGCCACGUCUUCUCACAGGGAGGUUAUGAAGAGAAGGGGGGAAUUUUUCAAACACAGCAAUAUGGAUUUUGGCUGGAAUACAGCUGAAAUACUGAACAUAGAACUCCUCUUCCUUGAAUGUACUUCACACAGCAGAAGCCUUUUCACAACUGCAUUGGAAAAGACAUGGAAUCAAAUUCUUAUGACACAAAACCUGAACUGAACCCGACCAUGCGGUCACGGGGACUAAUAAACAGGCACUGGAUUUCACCAUUAAAGCAGAUCAUCACUAAAGCCUGAACUAAAAAACCUUUUCAGUUAAACCUUUAAUUCAGCCAAAGGAAAGCUGUGCUCCAGCUACAGGCUGCUCAAACCCAGCGCCAAAGCUGGGUGUGUCUUUUUUCCUGGAACUCCCAUGCCUGGUUACCUCUGGCUGCUUAGUGACUAACGCUAAUGGCAUGCACACGCUAUCAAAACCUCGUAUGGGUUAUCUUCAUAGCUCGGUGUCCGUCACAAAGGUGACAGUCGUCCAGGAAAUCAAACAACUUGCUGGCGUUGCUAUGAACAGUUAUUGUGACUGCACACAAACCUUCAGACUGACAUCUGCAUAAAAUCUGACAAAGCCGAAUGUCUACUAAAAGCAGGUCGUCGGAGAAUACUGUAAGAGAUACAGGCAGUGAAACACAUGGCCAGAAGAUGUAACUGUAGCAGGAUCUUGGCUGUGCUCUUCUCAUGGCUUUAAAGAUGUAAACUCUGCCCUACUAAUGGAAAUGAUUCCUAUUCAGUGCAGAUAGAACAGACCCACCCUGAGUGUCUAUAGCAACAGGCCAAUUGACCUGGCUGGUGUACUUUGACUGGACCUGCCAUAAAUGUUUUUCAGACACAUACUUUUCAGCUACACCCAAAGCUCAAGGUCCAACGACAGUUCAGACAGCUGAAUGUACACUUUGCAUCUUCAUAAAAAGGAGCUCUGCCCUGAAUGCUGCUCAUUUUACUUUGGAAGACGCAUAUUUCCAGAACAGCUGGACUCUGCCUUGCUCCAGCACCAGUCAGCAGACUAUUCAUAGCACUGUAACUUAACUGACCAGAACUGGUCCCAUAGAAUCCCACGCUCAGUUCUCAGAACCUGAGGAUGCUUCCAAGAUACAGCGCAGUGCCUGUCACCAAUUUCCUUGUCCCCAGAUUGAAGACCAGUAUGUACGGCAGCUCUUUGUCACUAAAAUAAACAAUACAUGUAAACUGUUCUACCUGACUCGCUAUACAUUAUUAAUACACUGAAGUACACUAAAUGCAGUGCCCCAAGGAACUACCCCUGCUUUGUCCUGCUGCACACCUGCUGCUGCUUUUGUGCAAUGCUAGUAACUCCCUCAGCUAUCAGCUUCUUCACUCACUUUCCACGUAUCUCAGCGUUUCACAUCUCAGAAGUACAUACAUUGCAGCUGGAGGAACCACUCAAAACACAGCUGCUUGGGUUUCUUUGUGUGCUGAACAGAGGCAGCUGAUUUCCUGUCAGUGGCAGAGCAGCCAGCAGCGGAACUGGCCAGAGGGCACAACGUGCUGAGCACAUUGCCAGGGCUCUGCUCUGCUUUCCCUUCAGCCACGCAGGAGGCCUUGGAGCACCUAGCUGUGCUGGAAGCUUGAUCUCAGCACUAUCACUCUAUGGACAUCAGCAUCUCACUUGUAAAAUAAAGUGAGCAAUCAAGGUGGUUCCAGUAUCCUUAUGGCUUUGCCUACUCACAAAGCAAUACACUUUCUGAGUCAUCUCAACUGCACUGCAGCCCAGUUCAACUUCUGAGGGCUUUCUUCCACUGAACAGCGUACAGUCAAUGCAAGCAAACUACGCCAGUAAUUUUCAUGCCAAGAUGACUGUUUUGUGCCCACUAUAGAAUGAGUUAAGCAGUAGCUACAAAUGCCAUCUUUCUAAUCAUUUCGAGACUUUUGUACAUCAUCCUCAGGCCCAGGCAAUGGCUCACACAACAGCAAUAUGUUCUUGAUUGAGAUAUAAAUAUUUAAAGUCUCCUGUCACAUACAGUCAACUCAUUUUAAUUUCAUAACCUGCACACGGGGUUUGUUUGACAAUGGCUGUAUAGAGAUAGGCUGCUAUAAAUGAUUCAGCAGCUCGUUUGUGUUUUAUCUUUUAUUCAAAAUAAAAACGAAGAAAACCAAAUUUCCUGAGGAGUUUUUUCAAAGGCAGAUGAAGAGAUUAAAAACCCUUUGCACUACAGAGUGCGGGGACAAUGUCCUGCAUGUUAUUUGCACUGACACCAAUUACAGUAUGCGUCAAGAGAGGUGGGGUUUACAACCACCGUGUUUCCUCUUCGACAGACAAUAUAAAGCUUUACAGAACACACACCGCACUUCGCUCCAGCUGCUCGCCGUCGUAGAGUCAGCCGCCCCAUCUCAGCAGAAGCACGAUGUCAUUCUCCACGCAAAGCUUCCAGCUGGGCACAGCUGCCCGCCUGCAGGGCAUGGCGCCCGGCAGCAGCGCUCUGUCGGUCAGGAACGUGGCCGUGCAGCGCAUCCAGGCGCCCAGCGUCUAUGGCGGGGCGGGCGGUUAUGGCACCCGCAUCUCCAGCAGCUCCGUCCGCAGGCAGAGCUCCAGCGGUGCCUUCCACUCCAACAUUUCUGAUAACGACCUGCUGCUGUCUGGCAAUGAGAAAUCAACCAUGCAAAAUCUAAACGACCGUUUGGCCGCCUAUCUGGAGAGGGUGCGCUCUCUGGAGAAAGCAAACUCCCUGCUUGAAAAGCAGAUCAAGGAAUGGCAUGAGAAGAAUACAGGGGGCAUAAGGAGUGACUACAGCUCGUACUUUCAAACAAUCGAGGAUCUCCAAAACAAGAUCAGUGCUGCACAGAUGGAAAAUGCAAAGCUUGUCCUGCAGAUUGACAAUGCCAAGCUGGCUGCUGAUGAUUUCAGACUGAAGUAUGAAAACGAGUUAUUGCUCAGGCAAAGUGUUGAGAGUGACAUCAAUGGGCUGCUGAGAGUCCUUGACGACCUGACUUUAACUAAAUCAGACUUGGAGUCACAGAUUGAAAACGUGAAUGAAGAAAUAGUUUUUCUUAAGAAGAACCACGAGGAGGAGAUUGACAGACUGCACAAACAAGUGGGCGGCUCAGUUAACGUAGAGGUGGAUGCUGCUCCAGGUGCUGAUCUUUCAAGUAUUAUGGAAAACAUGAGACGGCAGUAUGAAGAAAUGGCAGAAAAGAACCGCCAGGAAGCCAAAGAGCGAUUCGAAAAGCAAACAGAAGCGCUGAACCAGGAAGUAGCAAUCAAUGUAGAACAGCUGCAAGAACAAAGGAGAGAGGUCACAGAUCGGAGACAGAUCUGCCAGAGUCUGGAUCUGGAAUUACAGACCAAUCUGAACAUGAAGAAGUCUUUGGAAGACACUCUGGCUGAAACUGAAGCACGUUACAGUUUUCAGUUGGCUCAAAUACAGGAAACAAUUGCCAGGUUAGAGAAUCAGCUGAGGCAGCUGCGGGCCGACAUGGAGGCACAGAACGCGGAGUACAGCAUCCUGCUGGACAUCAAGACUCGCCUGGAGCUGGAGAUUGCCACGUACCGACGUCUGCUGGAAGGAGAGGACGUUGGGUUUGUCCAAGAGGAGGCACUUACAAAUGAACUUGAAAAAGAAUCAAGUAAAAUUAAAAAGAUCAAGACAAUUGUCGAAGAGGUGAUUGAUGGCAAAGUCGUGUCCUCUCAGGUUAAGGAGAUUGAGGAGAAGAUGUGAGCAGCGCCGGCGGAGGGGAGAGCACCAAAAAGGCACCAUUAAACUUCAUAAAGAAACCAAAGCAAGGGUUGAAAAAUGCCAAAUUAUCCAAUCUCAGACAAUUAGUUUUUCAUCUUUGUGUGUGUGUGUGUUUGUUAAUAAAAUCAUUUUUUGCCUUACACAGCAGAACAUCUAGAGUAGAUUUAUAUUCGAAAAAGCAUUACAAAGUUGAUUCGGUGCAUCUGUUCUGAAAUUGAAAUAUCACUGCAGUGCAUUGGAGACUCACUUCAAUAAACGUGAUUUUCAAAUAAGAAGAAACAUCAAUUGUGAUUUCAUAAUAAAUUAAAAUGCAAAACCGAAGAAGCCUUCUCAUUAAUUGUCAUUCUCUGGGAAUUUCUGUAUUGCCAAAGAUAUCUGAUAACCAAUAAUACAACCUGCCCAUCAGAUCUGAACUGAAGAGUACCACGUCUGUCAGGCCCUCCUCAGUCACUGCUGCACAAACCUGCUGAGCCCUCCAGCCCAAGGAGUCGGCGCUUCCUCCUCACAUAAACACACAGCUCUUCCUUUUGAAAUCUCACCUGUCCACUGCAUUAUUUACUGUUCAUAAACAGCUGCCAAGGGAAAUAAAUCUUUGCUUUCUUAACCUGAGUCACUGAUAUCAGGCUAUCAAUUCAUUUCUACAUAAAUGCUUCACUUAAACUUUUGAUCUACUGCUCUUAAUACAGUUUGCCAUCCCCCACCCACCCCAAAAACCACACCUAUGCUCCUGGGUGUACAUUAAUUAAAGAGGAGUAAAUUUCGGUUGACAAAUCCAGUGAUAUAAUUAAGCCAGGCCAAGGAAAAUCAAUUUUUUGUCUUUCAAAAUAACUUAGAAAUAAAACUAUAUUGAUUUUGAAGAGCUUCCAGCUCAAAGCUUCUAACCUUCUAGAGCUACGUUUGAUCUUCUAAGUUCUUAUUUAACACCCAGAGAACACCGAUCUGCCAGAGGUUUGUACCAGAAAAGUGUUGUGAAUAGAAACACAUUUUUGACACGCAUGCUGGGAAGUAUAACAUGAAAGGGAUCAUUCUACUUACUUAAGCAUAAUUCUAUAAAAAUAGCCCCAAACCAAGAAAGCAAUGAAUAUAUAAUGACAAAAAAAUUAUUUAAGAUGGAUUUAAAUGUGAAAAGAAAUUUGCGCUCUAUUGCACAUGGCAAAACAUUAUCAUGAUGUCUUAGCUCUACUCCACCCAUCUCUCCUCAUACAGCAAACACCUGCAGGGUGCUAGAUUUCCACUCCCAUGGGCAAUUUAGAUUUGCACGUAUCAUUUAGUUUGGUCUGGAUUUCCUAAACUACUUUUCUCCUCCCUAAAUUCGAAAGAGAGGGAGAGAAAGAAUUCAGGGCUUUGUUUGAGGCGGGGUUAGGGUUAGGGUGCUGCACACCACGACAGCCCCUAUAUAAAGGGAUCGCGGUUCCCCGAUCUGCCCUGCUCCGCGCCGUGCCUGGCCGAACAGCCCA